CAAGACUCGAGGCUGGCGGGAGGGGGGGGGUCCUCCCUUGCCGCCCCUCCCGCCCUUCGCAGCUACUCGCGGACGCCCUUCCCGGAACUGGUCUAGGGCGGGAGAUGCCAGGCAGGGGUGCGGGAAGAGUGGCCGGUGACUCAGUCCUGUAGGGUUCUUAUCUCCAGUUGGACCGGCAGGCACCCUCGUGGGGGGGGUGGGGGGGGUGGGGAAGGGGCGGCAGGGGGCGGUGGCAUCGGGAUGAACCGCCAGACGAACCGGCCCCCUCUCCCCUGCCCUCCUUUACCCCCAGUUCUCAGCAGGGCUGCUGGAGGCUGCCAGCGUCCCGGGCGUUGCCCCGCGAGCCCCUACCCACCAGCCCACGUAACCCUUGCCUAACAGUGAAGCUGCAGAGGACGAGUAAACGUUGCUGAAAAUUGAGAGUUGCUCAAUUCCUGGAGUAAACUGUUCAAAAGAAUUGGCUUUUUACUUUCGAAAAGUUGAUAAGAAGCCUUUUCCCCGCAGGAGUACGUAUGUGUUUCCGCCAGGGCAGCCGACCAGGCAGGAAUUUUUACUUUCUCCCCGUAGCCUGGUGAAGUAGGUCAGGGUUGUUGUUUUUCACAGCUGUGCAAUAUGUAUUUUGGCAAACUGCAGGGAGACUUUGCGAAAGUUUGGAAUGACUGAACUCCUCCAUUGGAAAGGGGAUUUUGAAAGAAAUGAAGAAAACUAUCAGAAAUGAAGUCAGUAGCCUCAUGGCCUUUUGUUGACUAGAGUGGAGUUUUAUUAUUGCAUUUCUUUAGAAUGACACUGCACAAGAUGUCUGCUGAAGUCAUCUACCAGGUUGAAGAGGCACUUGAUGAAGACGAGAAGGAAAUGAUUCUUUUUUUGUGUCGGGACAUUGCUGCAGAUAUUGUUCCCCUCAACGUCAGGGACCUUCUGGACAUUUUAAAUGACAGAGGAAAGCUGUCUGCCAUGGGCUUGGCUGAACUACUCUACAGAGUGAGGCGGUUUGACUUGCUCAAGCGGAUCUUGAAGAUGGACAAAAGGGCAGUGGAGGCGCACUUGCUCAGGCACCCUCAGCUUGUUUCAGACUAUAGGGUGCUGAUGACAAAGAUUGGUGAGGAUUUGGAAAAAUCUGAUGUGUCCUCAUUACUUUUUCUCAUGAGGGAUUAUAUGGGCCGAAGCAAGGGAGCCAAGGAUAGGAGUUUUCUGGAUCUUGUGAUUGAAUUGGAGAAACUAAAUCUGAUUGCUCCAGAUCAAUUGGAUUUAUUAGAAAAAUGCUUAAAGAACAUCCACAGAAUAGACCUGAAGACAAAAGUCCAGAAAUACAAGCAGUCUGCUCAAGGAGCUGAAACAAGUUAUAUAAAUGCACUCCAGGCAUCCCUCCCAAAUUUGAGUCUUAAGGAUCCUUCAUAUAACCUAAGGCUCCAGAAUGGGAAAAGUAAUGAACAAAGACUCAAUGUGGGACAACCUGAUACUCUGAUAGAAUCAGUGAAGACAUCCAUUCAGGAAUCGGGAACAGCUCCACCUCAGCAUGUGCAAGAGAGAUACAGGAUGCAGAGCAAGCCCCUGGGAAUCUGCCUGAUAAUAGAUUGCAUUGGCAAUAACACAGAGUUUCUUCGGGACACUUUUACUUCCUUGGGCUAUGAAGUCCAGUAUUUUUUGUACCUGAAAAUGGACAGUAUAAUUGAUAUUCUUCGCCGAGUUGCCUGCAUGCCCCAACACCAAGACUACGACAGCUUUGUGUGUGUCCUGGUGAGCCGAGGUGGCUCCCACAGCGUGUUUGGCGUGGAUCAGUCACAGCCAGGGUUCCCUUUGGAUCAGAUAAGGAAGAUGUUCAUGGGAGAUGCAUGCCCUUCUCUCUUAGGGAAGCCAAAGCUCUUUUUUAUUCAGAACUAUGUGGUGUCAGAGGGCCAGCUAGACAGCAGCAGCUUACUGGAGGUGGAUGGGCCAGCAGUGAACAAUGUGGAGUCCAAGGCCAGGCAGCCUGGGCCCUGCACCAUCCACCGAGAAGCUGACUUCCUCUGGAGCCUGUGCAUGGCGGAUGUGUCCCUGUUGGAACGGUCUUCCAGCUCACCGUCGCUGUACCUGCAGUAUCUUUCCCAGAAACUGGGGCAAGAAAGAAGACGCCCAGUCUUGGAACUCCACAUUGAACUCAACAGCAGUGUGUAUGAUUGGAACAGCAGAGUGUCUGCUAAGGAGAGGUACUACGUCUGGCUGCAGCACACUCUGAGAAAGAAACUCAUCCUCUCUUGCACAUGAAAAGCCAAAAGACUUUCUUAGGUCUGCAAUCUCCAUCACUAGCCCCAAGUAGUUUUCAAGCAAAUAUUACCCAUCACGUGGGUAAGAUGGGGUCCUGUUAUGGGCUGAAAUGAACCUCUGUGAGGAAUGUUACCAGGAAGGUGUGUUUGAACUAAAGCUUCUGGGUUGACAGCUUUGGCCUCUGUGGCUGAAAGCUUGCAAAACAGUGCUGGGAAGGAAAUGGCUUUGAAACUUUAUUAUUAUUUUUUUAAUGUUUAUUUAUAUUUGAGAGAGAGAGAGAGAGACAGUAUGUGAGC